AAAUUUGUAUGCAAGCCACUGAAAUCCACAGGCCAGUGUCUUGACAACGUUCCAACAUAAAGAUGACGUAUGCUCCGGAACGCUUUUAGACCUGAUUGCACCUGCUGCCACCCUUGACCUUGAUCAUUUCUAGUCACAGUAAGUCGUACUCGCAGUUUUAGCAUCUUUAAAGUUUUGUUCUUAAUAUUUUUGUUGAGAACAUGCCUGAGCGGUGUGUUGCAGCGUAUUGUUCAAACACCAGGGAGAACGGUUUUACCCUUCAUCGGUUUCCGAAAGACCCUGCUUUGUGUGAACUCUGGACGCAACAAGUUUGUAGGACAAGAGCUGGUCCGAAAGGAACAGUAUGGAAGCCAAGCUCGUCGUCUGUACUUUGCUCAGCGCAUUUUGAAGAGGAGUGCUACGACUCGAUCCCCGCUCUGAAGGAGCAGCUUGGUAUUGAUGUUCGUCUGAAGAAGGUUUUGCUGCCCAAUUCGGUUCCGCGUAUAUUUCAUCGAGGGACAAGCUCGAGGUUAGCCCCGGGGGCGAACGGCGACGUCAAGAGCCGGAGGUCUCAUGCUCUGGAGAAAAGGCAGAGAUUGGAGGUACUACAGGAAUGCCAGUCUGAGUAUGUUGCUGAAGAGGAAAGCGAUGACUUUCCUGACGGGGACCCAUCUACUGAUGUGAAUUCAACAGAAGAUCAGCACAGUGACUUUUCCGUUCAAGUGUGUCUGAGGCCACCAACAAGGACGGUGGCUAUGCAGUUCAAAGGAAGGGGACGGACUAAAGGUGUGCAGGCUACUACAUCAAUGGUCACUGUUGGGACUCAGACUGAGGAUGACUGCUUUUGCUUUCACAACACCGACAACUCAACCUCUUGUGGCUCUGACUCAGAUGACAACAUGUCGACAGAUGAUCCCGACUACAAGCUGCCGUCCUCUGAUGAUUCAGCUGAAGAGAGUCCUGAACACAAUACUCCACCAGUGCCGCCACCUGAGGCGCCAGCAGGUAGCGUUUUUCUUGUGUUCUGGGAAUGCCUGGUGACGCUGUUGUCAACAUGGUGCAGCUGUGGACUUUGUGGGAGCAGGUCACUGUCCUGGCAGUGUAAAGAAGUAGGAACACAGUUGCAGGUCACCAUCCAGUGCGGGGGAUGUGGGAACCAAGGACUAUGGAACAGUCAACCUUUCUUCGGCAGAACAGCAGCUGGGAAUGUGUUGUUGUCCGCUGCCAUUCUCUUCAGUGGGGCCACUGUCACCAAGGUGCUGCGUGUCCUAUCCAGAUUGGGCGUUGCUGUGAUGUCGGAAAGAUCGUUCUUCAGACAUCAGGACCAGGUGCUUUUCAAAGCUGUGAAGCGAGUUUGGGGCGAGCAGCAGUUUGCCAUGCUCUGUCUGCUACAGGCAGAAGGGGAACCCAUCGUGUGUGGUGGUGACGGGCGUGCCGACACCCCAGGGCAUUGCGCUAAGUACGGCACCUACUCAACAAUGGAGCUCCGGAAAACAGCUGUUAUUGACGUACAACUUGUACAGAGCAAUGAGGUUGGAGGGUCCUACCACAUGGAGAAAGUGGGACUGCAGCGAUCCCUUGAGAAAGUCCAGGGCUUUGUGGAUGUCGGAACUCUCGUGACAGACAGACACAUAGGCAUCAACAUGAUGAUUAGAGAGGACCAUCCAGACAUCACGCACCAGUUUGACAUAUGGCAUGUAGCCAAGAGUGUCAAGAAGAAGCUGCAGAGCCUUGGACAAACUAGAGGUUGCCAGGACCUCAAACCCUGGGUGGGAAGUAUUAUAAACCAUCUGUACUGGUCCGUGGUCUCGACGCCUCCUGGCAGUGGACAACUUGUGGUGGACAAAUGGACAUCAGUCAUCGAUCACAUCCACAACAGGCACACCGGGUUCGAGGGACUGUUCUCUUCUUGUGCGCACGGAGUCCUGGAAGGCAGGGAACAGCGUAAACCGUGGCUGAGUUGUCAUACGAAGGUGUCUAUUGAAGUGGAGAAGAUCAUCCGGAACAAGAGGCUGUGUGCAGAUACAGUGGGGCAAAAAAGUAUUUAG